CAAACGAAGUAACUGCAGGAAAGAAGUAAAGUCAAAACGCUCAAAGAGAAGCUAGUAGAACAAGUUUACCUUACAGUGAAAUUCUCUUACUAAAAAAGUAGUAAUAACCAAGGAUUCAAAAGCUAUGGCUGCCAUACGUCGUCUUGGAACUCAAACUCUCCCAUUCCAGAAAGAAAAUGAAAAUCCGCUUGGAAAAGGUUUCUCUAAGGUUUCAAGACCGCGUGCUGCCCUCGGAGACAUCGGAAAUAAAGCAACGGCUUUCAACGACCAAAAAAAGACUCUCACGAGAUCGAAGGCUUCGUCCCUUCUCCCAACUGCAAUUAAACCCGCUAAAGAUGAAAAAUGCGAGCCUAUGGACUUGGCAGAUGUUAGCGAAGCAUUGGCUGAUUGUCUUAUACCAUGCAAAGUAGAAGACAUCGACAGAGAAGACUUCAAUAAUCCUCAACUGUGUGCUGAAUACGUCAACGAAAUCAUGCGUUAUCUUAGAGCAAUGGAGCGUAAAUAUAGUGUGUCACCAGAUUACAUGAACAGUCAGAAAGAAGUAAACGAGAAAAUGCGCACAAUUCUAGUCGACUGGCUGAUUCAAGUCCACACAAGAUUCCAUCUCCUUCAAGAAACUCUGUAUUUAACAAUAUCAAUUAUUGAUAGGUUCUUAGCUAACUAUCAAGUUACCAAGCAAAACCUUCAGCUUGUAGGUGUAAGUGCCAUGCUACUCGCAUCCAAAUAUGAAGAAAUGUAUGCACCAGAGAUUGGAGACUUUGUGUAUAUAACAGAUAAUGCUUACACAAAACGACAAAUAAGACAGAUGGAAGCUCAAAUUUUCAAAACCUUAGAGUUUAAUCUUGGAAAACCUCUCUGUCUCCAUUUCCUUCGCAGAAAUUCCAAGGCUGGGGGUGUUGAUGCUCAAAAGCACACAUUGGCUAAAUAUCUCAUGGAAAUCACCCUUCUGGAUUAUGGCUCCAUCCAGUUUCUACCAUCUGAAAUAGCAGCUGCUGCCCUUUGCCUCUCCAUGAAGCUGCUAGACAACUCUGAAUGGACUCAAACUCUAGAGUAUUACAGUACUUAUACAGAAACGCAUUUGACAACUUGUAUGAAGAGAAUAGCAAAGCUUGUGUUGAAAACCAAGGAUAAAGACAGCAAAGGAAAGGCUGUUUAUAACAAAUAUGCCAGCAGCAAAUUCAUGAAGAUCAGCACAUUGACAUGUUUAAGCUCCUCAACCAUUUUUGACCUAUCAGAAUAGUUUAUUUACCAAUAUCCUAGAUGGUUACUGAGCAAUGUAUAGCAUAAAUUACAAAGUUUCUUUAUUAAUUUUAUCCAAAAUAAUCAUCUUAUGUAUAUAGAUUUUGCUACUUGGUGUUCUUCAAUUCCAUUAUGCUUUGCAGAUUUUAAUGUAAGAUGCUAGUUAUGAUUUUGUUAACUAUUGGUCGUUACUAUGGAAAUCACUAGAGUUUGGAAAUAUAUGUAUCACAUGGGGAGAUUAUGUAUUAUACUCAAAGGCGAUCCCGUGGUACACAAUAAUCUCAUUACGAGACGUAUAUUCUAAAGGAAGUUUUACUACUCUCUCAAGUGAUUUCCCUAGUAUUGAUUAUUCAAAAUUUUAGUACAAUAUUUUUACUAGUAUUAUAUGGACUUGGCAAUUAAUAUAACUUGUGCAAAACACAAGUACUUAUCUUAAGCAGUUUCGUAUACAUAAACAGUCUUAUAUCUCUCUAUUUAAAACUAAAACAAUAGACUGCAAUAUUUACUUCCAAAAAAAUUUGGUUUUUUUUCAAAUAUUUGCACUCUAACUUAACUUGAUUAUGUAAAGCAUACUUUGAGUAUGAAAGAAUUAAUAAAGGCUUAGUAACCAAG